AUGCUCCAGAAAGCAAUCGUUCUCUUUAUCGGCGAUGACAUCAAAUACAACCACGAUGUAUACAAGCGCUUUUCCUCAAUUUUCGAAAUAAUCCAACCACCAGCAGAGCAAAGAGAACGAUCAGAAUUCAUUUGCGCACUGAAGGAAAAGCGAUGGGGGAAUUUUCAUGCCAUAUUCCGACCUUUUUGGAAUACAGGUGGUGAAAUGGGCCGUUGGGACGAAGAGUUGAUUUCCUUGCUUCCUGAUUCAGUCAAAAUCAUGACAUCUGCUGGCGCCGGGUAUGAUUGGGUGGAUGUAGAUGUUUUUGCAAAGAGAGGAAUAUUAUAUUGCAAUGGAGCCGCCGCGUCGUCAGAGUCCGUCGCCGAUAUGACACUCUUCUUGAUUCUUGCAGUUUUCAGAAACUUGGCAUGGUCACACCAAGCUGCAUACUCACUCAAUCCGCAGCUAUUCCUUGAUGCCCACACCAACGUCCCAUUAACCGCUUAUAACCCCCGCGGACGAACCCUUGGCAUCGUGGGUAUGGGACAAAUCGGGUACACAAUUGCGAAAAAGGCAUAUGCUGGUUUCGGCAUGAAGAUUCAAUACAACGAUCUUUUCCGUAAAAGCAAAGAGCAAGAGGCAAGCGUCGAAGCUACUUUCUUUGCCGAGCUAGACGAUCUACUCGGCAAUUCGGAUUGUGUUGUAGUAGCGACUCCAUUCGCUGGCCAGAAGCUGAUUACAGCAGAGCGGUUGCAGAAAUUCAAGAAGCAUUCACGGUUUAUUAAUAUUGCGCGAGGAUCGUUGGUGGAUGAAGAAGCACUUUUGAAUAGCCUGGAUAGUGGACAUCUUGUUGCUGCUGGACUUGAUGUCCAUGCUGCCGAGCCUUCGGUGCAUCCACGCCUUGUUAGACAUCCAAGAGUGAUGGCUAUGUCGCAUAAUGCGGGUGGCACAGUUGACACGCAUAUCGGGUUUGAAAAGUUGGCAAUGGAUAAUAUCUUCAGCUAUUUCCUUGAAGGGAAAGCACUCACGCCGGUCAACGCACACCUCAUUAAGGAGCAGCCAUCAAGUAAACUGUGA